AUGUCCGCCCUGCAGGCCCUGCACGAUUUCCUCGUCGGCGCGGUACUUAUCGAGCGGCGUAUCGAUCCGUUCUUCCGUCCGUUCGUCGACGCGAUCACACGCGAGCCGCUCACGCGCCUGGUGCAGGCGCUGAUCCGUGCCCGCCUGCCAGACAACAAACUCGCGCUCGCGGAGGAGCAGCCCAUCGCAGGCGAGGACGAAUUGAUCGCCGACAUCAUCGCCAACAUGUCGCAGUACCUGCGCACGCACUAUACCGCCGGCACGGCACAGCGCGGCGGCAACACAAAGACCCACGGCGUGGUGCGCGGCGAGCUGGUGAUCCACGACGGCCUGCCAGAGAACCUGCGCCAUGGCCUAUUCGAGCAGCCACGCCGAUACCCGGUCUGGGUUCGCUUCAGCGGCCCAGGGCCGGCGCAGCCACCCGAUAUCGAGGAUGUCGGCGUGCUGAGCAUCGGCAUCAAGGUAAUGGGCGUCCCGKGCCCCAAGCUGCUAGAGGACGAGCGCUUCACGCAGGACUUCACCGGCAUCAGCACCCCAGUCUUCACGACGCCUGACCUAAUCGCCAACGCAAAGCUGCAAGCUGCCAUCAACCGUGGCUUACCACUGUUCUACUUCAUCGGCCCCGGCGGCCAUUUCCUCGAUGCGCUGAUGCAGGCCCUUUGGUCGCGCACGCAGACGAGCCCGCUUGAGACCGAGUACUGGAGCUGCGUGCCCUACCUGCUAGGCGAAGGCCAGGCGAUGCAAUACCGCUUCAGGCCGGUGGGCGCCACCCGCAGCCGCAUUCCCGGUUUGCCAUUCCGCCCUUCGGACAAUUACCUGCGCGAUGCCAUGGCACGCACGCUCACCGCGCAGCCUGCGCGCUUCGAGAUGCUGCUGCAGUUGCAGAGUGACGCGCGGCGCAUGCCCAUUGAGCAUGCAUCGGUACGCUGGGCCGCGUCCGACACCCCGCCUGUGGUUGUCGCGACGCUCGAACUGCCGAGCCAGCGCUUCGACACCGACGCGCAGCUCGCGUUCGCCAGCCGGUUGUCGAUUAACCCGUGGCAUUGCCUGCCGGCGCAUCGCCCGCUGGGUAACCAGAACCGCGGACGGCUCAGGAUCUACCAGGCGCUAUCGCUGUUGCGCCAGCAGAUGAACGCCACGCCGCACGUCGAGCCGGACGGCAGCGAGACCUUCGACCCGCCGUUGGCGCCGUAG